AUGCUUCCAUCCAAUACCAUUCUACUCCUUCAUCUCACCUUCAUCCUCAUCCUCGUCAUCCUCUUCUUCGUUGUCCUCUUCGUCGUCGUCCUCUUCCUCCUCGUCCUCUUCCUCCUCGUCCUCUUCCUCCUCGUCCUCUCCAAACCAAUCGUUCCACCACUCCGCAAAGCUCUGAAACUGCCCCUGGAGGAUAGGCUGGUUCAGUCUUUCCGCGCCAGUACGAGAAUACCACUUCGAGAAGGCACCCCAAGCGUGGUUCGGCACCAUAGCGUGCAAGGAGAAUCUCGAAUCGCCUACCAUUUUAUGCAGGAUACCCAAACUCCAGCGUCCAUUAUUCAGAGAAUUGACCCUCGCUUGCUAACAGACGACUCGAGGCAAGGCUGGAAAAAGUCAAGGGGCUAUCAGCUGGACAAUCCUGAGGUUAGCGACGAUGAUAAUCGCCCGAAUGCCACAUUGGAGCAAGAGUCUGCGGAAACCAGAGGCAACCAGCCACCUGAGGAAACCACACUCUCGGAGCUUAUGCUGAUCGAUCAUGGAGACGGUAGUCAAUGUGGAAGGAUCAUCGAGAACUCGUUACCUAAACCUCAUUAUGAGGACGCUCCUCUAGUCCGCCUCCCGUCCCAAACCAAAAUCGAUGGAUCAACUACAGCGAUGACGCCCGAACCUAAGGACUCGGGAAGCGAUAUAACCAAGCUCUUGCCUCUUCAGCCAAUAGGACCGGAUGAUCCUGCAGAUGCCGUUCGAUGCCGUCGCCGUGGCGAUUCUCGUUGCAAUGCAAGAACAGCUGAGAAGGCGACGCAACCACCACCGACGACGACGUAG